AACAGCGGUACGAUGCGGUUCAGAUUUGUUUAUUCCCCUGCAUACGUUGUCAUGGUUGUAUUUGAAUUUGUUGAAGAAAUUUGAAGGAAAAUUUUGAACAACAAUUAUUAUCGUUAAUAACAUAGUGUUAAAUCUACAGUAAGAUGCCGUAUUAUUGCGCAGUGAAGGGAUGUGGAAACAAUAUGUUUAUAACAAAAGGUAACCCGGACAUUGCGUACCAUACUUUUCCCAGAAACCCAGACAGAUUACGCAGAUGGAUAGUUUUCUGUGGCCACUCCGAGACCUGGAAACCUCAAAAGAACCAAGGCAUUUGCACACGUCACUUCGACAGAAGCUGCUAUGAUGAACUGUACGAAAAACGCCGUCAACUUAUUGGUGCAAGGAGAUUAAGGAUGUUACUGCCUGAUGCAAUUCCCACAAAGCAAGUUACGAAUACGAUGACUGAAACCACUGUAUCUUGCCCGGAUAAAAGAAAUAUUAACAAUAAAGCGCCGCCUGGACCUUCUAUUUGUACUCCAAUUGCUGAUCAAGUUCCUCCGUUUCAAAAGCCAUAUCGCUGUGCAGUUGAGGGGUGCUAUAACAACAGAUGGCGCACAAGAGAAAGGUUGGAUUUGACUUACCACCACUUCCCGAAGGAUGGAGAUCGUCUCCGCGAAUGGGUCAAUUACUGCCGCCGGGAUGACGGCUGGGAGCGCAACCAAAACGAUGGGAUUUGUUCGAUACACUUCGAUCCAUCAUGUUACGAAGAAAGUGAUAAAAUUCGAAAGGUGUUACGACCUCUGGCUGUUCCUGGCGUCGCGUAUGAGCUUAGCAGUGAUCCUCAUUGGUUUGCACCUAAAGAUUCUAUGAUCCCCCGUCAAAAAGCCGAUGACCAAAAUAACAGCGUGCAGUAUAUGAACGAGGAAUGCCUCGAGGAGGACAUGAUCGUAGAAAGGCUAGACGAAGCAUUUGAUGAAACUGUUACGGAGCUGAAAAUCGAACCUAGAUCUCCCUCUUCUGUCCCUGAAGACACAGAUGAUGUUAAAAAAGAAAUCGAGGAGGAAGCAGUGGAACUCCCGCUGCCGCAAAUCGAGGUACUAGCCGACUCACUGGACAUUCCAUCCGAAGAUCAACUGCUCAAUCAGUUUUGCCGCUUGUGCCUUCGGGAGAUCCCCAAUCUGUUCCCACUUAUGUCCCGCAUUCAGAAUGUGCUCGUUCCGGAGAUGUACAAGGCCGUCACCGGACUUGAGCUAGGUUUCGCAGCCAAGCUGUCGAAGAAAGUAUGCAUAAACUGUCUGAUAAGACUCGAUUAUGCGUACAAUAUAAGGAAAGAAUUUUUGGAGGCUAACCGCACCCUGAAAUGCUUCUCGCUGUCGAGGAUAAUUUCGCUGGUGGAGAAUUUGCAAAACUAUCAGAAGGCCAUUCGGGUCACAACUGAAUCUUACGGCGAGAAGGUGCUCCGUCAGCAUCGGGAUAUCAUUCGGAUGCGUCUGAUCAAGAAGCAGGAGCACUUGGAGAAAAUGGUGGGGGACGAAGGUAUUGAAGUGUUGAAGAACAAUACGCUGGUUGGAAAGUAUACGAGUCGAUCAGCUCGGGAUCAGCCUGAUUUGCCCAGUGAUGUGGAAGUGGCUUCCGAAGCAGAUUCACGCUUGGAACAAUCCGUUGAGCUAGUGGAGAUAUUAGACGAGGAAAGUUUGGAAGAUAGGACCGCGGAAGACAUCACAUUUGAGCACAUCAUUGAUGGGGCUUACGUAGAAGAACAGGAAUCUACACCACAGCAUCCUAUACAGUAUGUAACAAAAAGAAAUAGUCGGAAAGGCAAUCGCUAUCAUAUAGAACUGAGAGAAACGAAACCUGAUCCGAACAAAUGUUACAUUUGUGAAAAAGUGUUCGAGAACACCGAAGCACUGGAGUUGCAUAAGCCGUCUCACGUUGGCAUGAUUCCUUACACAUGCGAACGAUGCGUCGAAGAAGGUGGAAGGGAGAAAGAGAUCACUUCACUCAUCUUGCUCCAUCGGCACUUCCGGAUGCACGCUGGAUCGAUCAAGUGUCCGAAAUGUCCUAUGCGCACAUUCACUUCCACUGCGCUGUACGGACAUAUUGCAUCAUACCACAGGGCCGACUCGACAACGAAAUACACGUGCGAAAUUUGUGGCCAUCAGAUGGUGAACAUCAAGCGGUUUCAUAUACACAUGGGAUUUCACCGAGCGGUUGAGCAAGGACGAUACAAGUGCAAUCAGUGCGAUAAAAAGUUCGGCACGAAGGCACGGCUGGAACGCCACGAACGGAUCCACACCCAGGUGAGACCGUACAGAUGCAAAUACUGCGACAAGUCCUUCACGAACGAAACCACGCUUCACAUCCACGAGCGCACCCACACCGGCGAAAAGGGUUUCCGGUGCGACAUAUGUGGAGAGUGUUUUCAAAGCACGAAGAACCUCAUCUACCACAUUGAGGAGGCCCAUGACGGUCCCAGUGGGGAACAAGGCUCGGCUGAAUGCUACGAGAUCAAGUGCGCAGUGAAAGGCUGCAAUUAUAGAACCAAAAAUAGGUACAAGUAUUAUAACCACAAGGCAAGACACGCGCUGAGAUUCCACUGCUCGUAUUGCACGAAGCAGUUCGGCACCAAACAACAACUCCAGCAUCAUGAGACUGGUCACACCGGUGUCAAACCCUAUUGCUGCGAGCAAUGCGGGAAAGGUUUUCGCUAUCGGCACUGUCUAAUUGAUCACGUGAAUGUUCACAAUAACAUUCGGCCGUAUUCGUGCGAGAUAUGUGGGCUGAGCUUCGUCCGUGAAAGAAAUUUGAGGGAACAUCGUUUGAAACAUUCGGAUAAAUUGUCAUACAAGUGUCGUUUCUGUGGCAAAAAGUUUAAGUAUCGUGCGGAUCAGUCAAGACAUGAACGGAUCCACAGAGAAACACCGGCUGACCAACCAGACAUCGGAAACAUCGACGAACAGGAUGCGAUGAUGACUGUGAUGGAGAUUGAUAUGGGAGCAGAUGAGUAACUUCCAUCGACGCGUGGAAGACUGGUUCCAAUAGUCAACAAUCGUUUUGAAAAUUACAAACUCGCUAGAUGGGAGAAAAGCAAAAGACUAUUUUUUUCCCUUUAGACUGGAAACUGCAUCCAAAAAUCAAAUGAAUCACACUGGUUGAUAGGUACAAUUCAUGUUACAACAAACGAGUGGUAAAAACUAUUUUUAAAGUAUGAUUUAUGAAUGAAAUAAACUGAAGGACUUUACAUGACCGAAAAUAUGUACUCAUAUAUUGAUCUGAUUGGAGAUGAAUGAAACGGAAGAUGUGAAGUUCCUGUUUACAAAGAAUAAAAGAAAGAAGCAUAUAUUAGAAUAUAUUUCAAACUUGUCCUCAUGCUCAUCGUUCAUAUU